AUGCCCACCAGUCAAGGGCAUCCAAACCUACCAAACCACGCCCUAAGAUGGCCAAGCAGACGGCCAAUUCACCUCUGCGACAACUUCUUCGACAGUCCCAAGAUCCAGGGCAUCAACGCUUCCUCCUACGACUGGUGGUACUUUGACGCCAUCGGCACCGACGGUGUGUCUUCUCUUGCCGUCGUCUUCUUCGUUGAGGCGAAUAGGUCUGGCUUCACCGUCACCGAAAACUUUACCAACAUGGACUUCAUCCAAAUCUCCGGCGCCUUCCCCAACGGUACUGUCUUCAGCGACUUCCUGUUCGCCGAUAAUGCAAUUGUGUCCACCAUCGGUGAUGGAUCUAGCGGUCUGUGGAACAACACCGGCAUCUCGUGGGCUGGCAGCCCCGAUCUUCAGGACUAUGUCCUGACCCUUGAUGCUGAGAACCUGGGGUACAAGGGAUCCUUCUCUAUGCACUCGGUCAGUAUGAAACAUGAUCUGCUACGAGUUCAAGGAAUUGCUAACAGAUCAACUUCCACAUAUUGCCCCACCCCACUACCCUUGCAGCCCCAAACGAGGCAACGUCUCUCUGGAGGUACUCUCAGGAGCUGGGCCAAUGCUGUCCCUGAUGCCGAAACCACCGUAAAUGUGACCAUCUUCGGGUCCGAGUUGAGCUUCGUGGGAACGGGCUACCACGACAAGCCUGGCUAUGGUCGCUAA